AAGAUUUGAAAUAUUGCUGUUGGUAUAAAUUUGCGUACAUAUUUUUGGAUAGACUGUGAUCAGUAACAACUCUGACUUUGCCCUCUUCUUUUUAUUCAACGUUCAACUCCAUUAAACUCUGAAAGUAAUAGCUUUAGGCAGAGCUCAGAAUUAUUGUUUCACGUGAAUGGGGUGAGUGGAUUAACACUGGUUGCCAUGCAAUCGUUCAGUAAGCCGUCAUAAGUUAGAAUAUAAAACAAAUUAUACUAGAGAACGCACGGGCCAAGUAACAAAUGAGCUGCCAUGGGUCGUCAAACAAAAAAAGUAAUGUCUACAACAUCAGUUAGGAACAUAAAUCUGGGGCGGCUCUGCUCGCCUCCCCCUCUCUCUCUCGCUCGCUCUCUCUCUCUCUCUCUCUCUCUCUUACUGUCUCUCUGUUUGUCUGUCUCUCUCUAGCCCCCUCUCACUUUCUCUCUCUGUCUCCUUAUCUCUCUCUCUCCCUCCUGCUUCUUCGUAUGCAUUUUUUUCUAUAUCAUAAAUUACUUCCUAUUCUUCAGUAAAGUGUUGCUGUAGCAUGUCUACAUGAGGCCACUUUGUCUUAAAGCGCGAAUCUUCCAAACAAGGAAACAUUCGAUUGUGUAUUCAAAAACGAAUUGAGAACACUCGAGUCAAACGGAUUUUUCUUCAAGUUACACUGUCCAUUCAUCAAAAUUUAAGACAUUAAGGAAAAAAAAAUCUAAAAUCGGUUAUUUUUUCUGUAUACGGUAGCGUUCUCAGAGUUUAGCGACAUCAAACAUGUUAAUUGGCACAGGUACUUAAACAGAAUUCUCUGUAUAUAAACAUGGAAAGUUUUUUUUUUUUUUUUUUUUUUUUUAAAGACGCACUGCACCGUUUUGCAGAACUCUAGCCCGCAAGUGAAGAUACUCCCCAGGACUACUCUUACAUAAUACCACACAAACGAAUGGCCUACAACAGAGACAUUGAUAUGGACCUGUCUUAAUGCUAAGCUCUUUUCGCUCUGGCUUAAUCUCUCCAGGAAACUUAAUCAGGCCGUUAAUUAACUCGGUCGGGGGUUUUCUGCGUCGCCGGGCCGUCCCAUGGCGGUAACAGACACGAGACUUUUGGAGGGUACACAAGAUGAUUCGUGUGUUCGUAUCUUACAGCUCAGUGUGAUUAUGUCUGUAUGUUAAUGUGUCGAAUAUUUACAAGAAAACCAAACAAUGGAUUGCAACCAAAUUCGACAUGGUCAUUUCUUCUGACCUAAAGAUGGUUCCCCCCGACCUAAAGAUUGUUCCCCCUGACCUACAGAGGUCCCCCCUGACCUACUUAGGGUUCCCCCUGACCUAAAGAUGGUCCCCCCUGACCUAAAGAUGGUCCCCCCUGACCUACAGAUGGUCCCCUUUUGACCUAAUGAUGAUCCCUCCUGACCUACUGAUGGUUCCUGGAAAGUUUGGUCAUCAUCCCCUUAUCUCAAAAGCUGUAAAUCAGAUAUAACAAUAUUUUGUCAAACUUUGUAGAAAGGUCCAAAUGCAUUUUGGAGUAUCUUUAUCUUAAAUGUAUUUUAAUUAUAAUAAACUAAGCUAUAAAGGAAGGCUUGGGUUACAAUGCAAGCUUCUAGGUAAACUGUUGCGUAUAUGGCAAAACUUGGUAAAAAUAUCUUCAAAAUCCAUUUUAAAAUAGCGAUGGAUUUCAAAACGAAUAAAAAUCCACAUGUUUUUGUGCAGGGUGUGCCAAUUUUAUUUUAAAGAUAAUAUUUUAUUUUUGGCGUUUUCAGCCAAUUUUUUUUGUUUUUUUUGUUUUUUUGUUAUCCAACCCUAAAAAUACUCAAUGAUGUCAAAUGUUAAAGAUUAUAUCCUCUUGUUGCAAGAAAGGAACAGUGGGACGGGGGCAUAGUAACAUCUGAAAAGGUCAUUUCCUUUCGAUUUAUUGAUAUAAACUUGACAAAUUAACUUGAAUUUUAGUUUAAAAAAAAAAAAAAAUUAAUUGAUAAACAUCAAUAGAUUAGAUUUUUAAUUCUUUGUUUUUUCAAUAAGAAGUUUUUUGAAAGGUGUUUUCUUCUUUAAAUCCUGUUUUUUGUUGUUUUUUUCUGUGCCCGCCUAGAUAUUAAAUAAAACGGCGAGGGUCCCAAGUUCAAAGUUUACAAGAUUUUGUAUAAAUCUGGCGUUUUAUAGGAGAAAUGGUGUGUUUGGGGAUUUUUGUAUUGCAACUUUAGCGAUGUGUUUUUGACAGGGAUCGAAAUUUCUUUGUUCGAUCAAAUCCCAGCAAAGCCGGGCAUGGUGGCUAGUAUUGAAAUAAAAGGGAUAUUUUGUAAUGAAACAAAUCAAUAAACUUAGUUUACUGCUUGCCAAAAAUGCAAUGUCAUGUAAAGUCAACGUUAGUGAGAGUAAGUUUCUAGUCUAGUGGUUGAAGUUAAGUGUAUGUCAGAACAAGCACAAUAUCAUGCACAGGCUACAGGCUACAAUCGGCGAUCAUAUACAAUGCUGAAAACGGUUUCCCAAGCACCCUUCUCGUCCUAGCCACUAGCAGUCUAGUCUCGAAGCACCCCGAUGACCAUGUUACUUGACCGUGUACUGACUCGCGCACAGCUCUUGUGAUUCACGCACCUGUUACCGUCACGUGAACACGUCUACGCUUUGCACUUUUAUAAUUUUUUACUAAGACUUCCUAUCAUGUACAGUUUACAUGCGAAAAGGAUUAUAGGAAAUAUUUUCUUUCUUUUUUAUUUUCUUCAUCCAAAAAAAGUUUUAAAAAGCCUUUCUUUGAACUCUGUACUUUUAAGAUGUGUCGCAUUGAAGCGUGGCGUGAAAACACGAUUGAAAAUAUUUACUUUAAUUGGGAAAAUCCUACACGUUCUAUCCUCUUGUUAGAGCAUGUCCUUUUGUCUGAUCUAACUUUUAAGUACGUAAAGAAUUGUUAUAAAGAUUAAAGUAGCAGCACAUCCCGUUUAAAAGUUCAUAAUAGGCCAGAAUCAAUCGGACGGGGAAUGAUGCAAAUGAUGCAACGUCUUGAAAAUAAUCUUUAGUAAUUUUGUCCGGCAACAACUUUGCCCACACGGGGGCUCUCAAACACGAAGACGGUGCUCAUUUAUGUGAGAAAUUAUAUUACACUAACAUAUCCUAUGUGUGUGUCGAUUUUUUAACUGUAGUGUGUAUGAGCUUCGAUUAAAUCUCAUCACAUCUAAGCUUCUAACAUCUGAAGUAUGCCGUAUAUACAGACCACAAAUAACCCCGCCAACCAGUCUAAUAAAAGAAAAAAAAAAGAGCCACCGAUGUGGUCUCAAAUGUUCGCUUAAAAGUUCUUCAUUGCGUGGGCGUUCUAAGUGUGAAGAAAAAAAAACAACUUUUGAUCGAACUAAAGAAAAAAAAUCUACUACCGAACGAUUUUUGUUUAUUCUUGGCGACAAGCUGUGACCAGGUGGAAUGAAUAGAUUCGCAAAUGGUCAAUGAACUUCGUAUAAGCCCCAUCGGGAAGAGAUUUUUUUUUUUUUAAAGUGACUCGUGUCAUAAUGACGAAAUCAUUAGACAUACAUUGCCAAUAAUCUCUACACCCUGUGUCAGAAAACUCUUAUCAACAUGAGGAGAAUCUGCGACACUGCUGGUGGCAAAACACAUGCAUUUAAUGUAACUCAAAGACGUGUGGGGUAGAGGUGAGUUAGCAGGGCUUCUUUGAGAGUUUUGGGGUGGUAAUAGCCAGGUGUUUUUGAGAGUGACUUUUUGGGGUGGGGUAAAGUGUUGGGUUAAUGAGCCGAGUAGGGUGAUGAGUUUUGGGUUUGGCGUAUUGUUAUUUGAUGGAUUGGUCGGGGUGGGGGGGGGGCGGUGUUAGGGCUCUUUGGGUGUUUUUUUGUUUUGUUUUGUUGUGUUGAUUUUUAAAGCUAAGGCAGAGCUGGACUGUUGAGAAUUUAAGUUUGUCUUUAACGCCUGUUAACCCAAAAAUGUCGAAAGUGGAAACGAUUUUAUAAUUCUUAGUACUUCCAGUUAGGUUCAUGUUGUAAAGGAUGACAUUGAAUAAAAUGUUUCAAUAAUACACGAUAACCUAAUCAGAGGCGUCCCAUCAAGUCCGCUAGUUGUAAGCAUAGCCAUAGCAAUUAAAGAUUUUUUUGUUGGUUUUUUUAAAUAAAACAAUUUAUUGUUUAAAGAAUUUAGAUGUUUAAGUAUUUUACUUCAAUUUUACUGUGGUUCAAUGAUAGACAGUCUUGAACGCUUUAAAACGACUUGAUUCUUUCCUGUCUGUACAUCCACACCACACCACACCACCCACCCUCACCCCACCUACCCCACCUCCACCUCACCCAACCCACCUCCACCUCACCUCACCAGCCACCAACUCCCAUCCCACCACCAACCCCCUAAAAGACCCCCCUCCCCCACCUAACUGGGCAAUGCUAAUUUAUUUAGAGUCGUGGUUAUUCAUAAAUUGACUUGAGUCUGUCUGACUGUACCAACCGUGUGGGAAUGACUCGCAGCAAAUGAGACCAAACAGUGAACCCAACCAGUCGAUCGGUUCAAACCCGAAAUCUCGAUGAGACAUCGGCGUCGGUGGUGGCUCUCAAACUUACACAUGUCGUGACCACCAUGAAGCUUAAAGACCAAUAAGUUCCCCUUGACGCCUACUCAUUCUCCCCCCCACCCUCUUCCCCCCCCCGCACCCAGACAGACAUUAUCAGACAGACAUAGGACAUGAAGGGUCUUUGGUCAGCACAAAGCAGUGCGAUGUCAUCUGUCAUGAGGACACGCCAAGGUCGAAGCUUGUCUUUGGGAAGAAAAAAAAAUAAAAUAAAAUUAUUUAACAAACUCCUGACGUCUGCAGUAAUAUGAAUCGAUUGUUACUUCCCUUUGCAAUAUGCAAGGUCCUCACUUACACCUGCCGCUCCUUUCAGUUUUUGCUUAUGAGACACACUCGUCAAGCAUAAUUUUUUAAUUUUUUUUUUGACACAGCUAGUCAACUAGUGUGUGUCACCUGUGUAGUCAGCUUAUCGACCACGUGACAUGAGACAUAUCUGACAUGUCUACCGUGUUGUCAAACCGUUUCCCUGGCAUGCGAGUGCUACAUAGUCAAUCGAUAGAAAAAUACAUCUGUGGCCACUUCCGCCAAGUGACUCCUCUUAGAUACGUGACCUAAUGAGUUACUUGGGUCACUUCUGAUACACUUCGAUGUUGCCAGGAUUUUCCCACGGUUUGGACGGUCAGUCACUACAAACAUGAAAUCUAGGAAAACACUACAAAGGUACAACGUUUUAUCACAUUCUAGAGAGCGUGGAGUUAAGUGCCGUGUAAACGCCGUGGGGUUUUGCAGAAAGAUACCAGGAAUCCUCGUAACGAUGGCAAUCGUGUUCGUCCAUCUGAGAAUCACCACUUGAUGGCCUUCCAGUUUUACAACAAACUCAAUCAUGUACUUCCUUUUUCUCACGCCACAUUGAAUUUCAAAAAGGGAUGUAAAUAGAUUUAUAAAUAUGAGUAAAUUAUAUCAGCCAAUGCAAAAGACCAAUUCGGUGGUAUGUGGCGCCAGCUUCUAUCUGUUAAAAAAAGUUUCUAAAAAAAAAAUAAUUUAAAAAAAAAUAAAAAAUUCUCUAAUCCAAGAAAAAACUUGAGAGUGUUUAUACCACCCCCCUCCCCCCUUUUCAUGAAAUUCUCUUGCUCAAACUAAACCUAACCCUAACCCUAACCACUUAGACGCCAUUGCCAUGAUGUUCUAUGUUUAAAGGACUUUUUCCAACUGUCAAGGAAACCCCUCAGCGGCAAUGUUGAAGUAGGUCAGAGUGCCACUGAAAUAAAACUUAUCUUUAAGAAUGCAGUCUUAACGUAAGAAAUACCAUCAGACCAGAUCAGUGGUUCCCGGACUGUUGGGUAUAUGGUUCGAGAAAUAGCUUUUAUGGUUAGAAUUACUGAAACAACCCAUCACUCAUCCCAUCACUCAUCCCAUCACUCAUCUCAUCACUCAUCCCAUCACUCAUCCCAUCACUCAUCCCAUCACUCAUCCCACCACUCAUCCCAUCACUCAUCCCAUCACUAUCCUCUCACGCUGACUUCUGGGAUUAGAGAGUAAGGAUACCUUAAGUUGGUUGUGGAUUCAUCUGCUGGGUUGGGGGGGGGGGCACAAACUUGUAUUUUUGACCUUUUCUCUUCCACAAUUCAUUCGCUCAGUCUGCAAAAUGAUCUGCGAGAUGAAUCACAAACUUCAACACAUUAACACUCUUUCAACCCGAAAAAUAGUUUAGUGCUGUACAUCACACUGAUUGUAACUCGUUUGGCGUAUCAACUUCCUCAUUGACUCAUUUGCGGUGAUCACCGGUUAACUGAUUUUUUUAUUUUAAGGACGCAUAUUUCAUGGUUAUUUUAUCAUGUUUUAGUAAUGGGGUACGAUGCUCAAUAUUUUUAUUUUUAUUUUUAUUUUCGAAUAUGAUCCUCUUUCUGUUAAAUAGUUGAGACCCACUGACCCCCAACACAAAUAAAGCACAUCGAAUGCCAUAAAACGUUUGAAUCAACAAACACCCUCCCGGUGACGCAACUCAGGUGGCACACAUCACCGUUGGUGUUCAGAGCGGUGCCAUCCGUUCACCUUCUCGGCAAUUAGUCAUUGCCAUUUGAUUUAUUCACACUCACUCACUCUGCUGGCCGGCCAGCCUUGCUGUCACCAUUCCUUCCGUGUGUGGCCCCCAUUGUUGCGUAAUGCUGCUUCUCUUUAUUAUGAUUGACUCAAUGUUUUGAAAAACAGAGGACCUACGAGCAGAAUGAAUGUUACUUCUGAUUGGACAGAGGACCAACAAACAGAAUGAAAGUUAUUUCUGAUUGGAGGGUAAAUGACAGAGUGCGUGCAAUUCAGCUGAAAUUUUAGAAGUAUAAAUUAUGACUCACUUGUCAUGGCUUCAAGCAGAGACGUUCUUAUGAUUUUUUGGGGCCCUAUGCAUGGAGCGUAGGUAGGGGGCCUCGGAAAUGGGGGGGGGGGCGGGGCGGAGCUGAGGAGAAAACAGAAUAGUGAGGUUUCAAAAUAGACCUCAGACGAGAGAUUUAUAUCCCACUACUGCGGCACCUCCAUUCUGCCUUCGCCACUGUUACCUCUUUGCUCGCGUCUAACCACUAACCAUAUUGAUCAUUCCGUCACGAGAGAAAAUGUUUACUUUUGCAAAAUAUGGACUUGCGAGUUGCAGGCUAAAAAAUUAAGCGCAUGGCGUGGCCCCCUUGGAUGUGGGGCCCCCUUGGAUGUGGGGCCCCCUUGGAUGUGAGGCCCUAGGCGGACGCCUAGUUUGCCUCUGCCUGAGAACGGCUCUGCUUGUAGCUGCUGAAGGCUGUUUGAUAUAGACAGAUUCUUAAAGCGCCAUACACCAACAAAAAGCUCAUAGUCUUAACCCCUAAACAUAUCGACAAGCGGGGUUGGGGGGGUGGGGGUGGGGGGUGGGAGGCCCACAGACACGCGAUCACCUGACAUAAUGAGAAGUGUCAGAAGUUGAGAUCUGAAUGUGUGCUUUCGUUGCCCAAGGUUUGCAUAUCUUAAUUAUGUAUUGUUCUGUCCAUUUGCACGAGCAACUCGAACUUGUCAAUUAUUCCCUUAACGUUAAGCAUUUGAAGGGUCACCAUAGUGAAGCAGCUUGGCGUUGCUGUCUGAGACAUUAUUUUGUGGUUAAUGUUCAAACCCUAUCUCCCCACCCCACUACUGCCACCCCCGCCCCCACCCCUGUUUUCCCAUUCACUGCCUACUACACUUUAAUUACCACUUAAAAUAUACCAGUAUGAUAACCAUUAGCAAUUAAAGUUUCACAGAUGCUGGUGUGUAGUUUACACUUUAGACCACCAUGGGGUCCUGCAUUGCAUCACGUAUGACAGGGAUCCCUCAGCUGGGGCGUAACACCACCUUCUGUAAACAAUAUCAUUUCGUUACUAUUACUAUAAUAUAGAGAAUGUAUAUCAUAAAACAAAAAUCAUGGACUACAAACAAAAUUUAAGAUUUUCAUCUUUUGCUUUGCUCCAAAGGCCGUUUCAAGAUCACAGAAAUAUUUGUUUACUUAUACUUAAUUUUAACUGUUAAACCUUUGCUUAUAAUAUGUCAAUGCCAUGGCUAAUGAUAUAAAUAUGUCAUCUCGAUCAAGCAUUCCAUUUUAAAACGAAAAUUGAAUGAUUCAACAUUCAACAUAAAUAUUCACAAACAGAAAAGAAAAUGAUGCAGUUGGCAAUGUCGUGGGUGUGUUUUAUGUUGCUGUUUUUUUUUUAAACACGACAUGUGAGCAGAUCCGCACAGAAUGUUUGUUUGCUUACCGUGAUAUGAGCUCAUCGAUGGGCCCACAGCAAAUCUCGGCUGUGAAUGUCAUCUCAUCAAAGAUAACUGAGACCUCCUGCCUGAGGUCAAAUCUAAAUUUACACAUGAAACACUCCCAAGGUUGUUUUGUUGUUUUUUUUUUCCUUUUUUAAAAAGACAAUGGUCAGCGUUACCUUCCCUGCGGUUACAGCGGUUCUCAUGAUUUAUAUUUUUGUCUCGACUAACGCUCGAGCUCAUAGCUCAAACAAUGAACUUACGGGUUAAGAGUUCAUGCAUCUAAUAAAACUUAAAUAAACAGUGGACUGGGAUACGGAGAAGCAAACAUUGCUUGUGUAAAAUAUUCCAUAACAGUAACAUUUAAAGAAAUUAAAUUGAUGUGCACUCUUCAGCGGUAAUAACAUCACUUAAGUCAGGCUGUAGACUCCAUCAUGCUGCAUAAUUUUUUAAACAAUAUUUUUCUGGUUUCGAUAAAAAAUAACAAUUCUUCCCCUCUCACCACAAAACAUCACUCCCCCUCCCCCCCCCCCCCCCCCAACACACAAAAUAAGCUUUCAGAAUUCUUUCACAAAUAAUAUUGUUGCUCCACUUCACCACUGUAUGCACACACAAUAAUUUUUUAAACAAUAUUUUUCUGGUUUCGAAAAAAAAAAACAAUUCCUCCCCCCCCCCCACAAAACAUCCCCCCCCCCCCCCCCCCCCCCCCCCCAACACACAAAAUAAGCUUUCAGAAUUCUUUCACAAAUAAUAUUGUUGCUCCACUUCACCACUGUAUGCACACACAAAUACAAUUAAAAUGUGUCGUUUCUUGUUUUCUUGAGAUUCCUUCCAAAACGUACGUUCCUUGCUGACACCGUGACCUGGUUUAAGAAUCCCUGACUAAGACACUGUUCGAUGACAUCACGAAGGUCGUGUUUGAUCUCACGUACAACUGGGUCACUGGCCUGUUGUGUUUAACCCCCACGGGUCGAGGGCCCUCCCUCCCCCACCCCCCACCUUGUCACUCACGUUUCAUACAAGCGCCGUGUGUUGAGUUUCGUGUUCAGCACUGAAAUUCUGCAAUGUGUUUAAAGUCAGUGCAGCGUCUGUCUAUGUCGAUAGGCAAUACCCUGAUGUUUUAACCACCUUACACUAGCUUGACAUCCACACCGUGUGACUUUCAGUUGGUAUGAUGCAAUGGCUCAUUAUAUUGAUUGAACAGUAGGACGAAAUUUUCACUCAAUUUAAAAUUAUCAAACAAAAAAGAAGCUUCAAUGAUUAAUGUGAAACCCCUUUUCUUCUUCUAGUUACCAAUGUGUAACUAACCUUUGUCUUUGUCAACGUGGACGUAUCGUGUUAUGGAAGCAAAGACACGAGCUACAACACCAUAAGAAGAAAUAAUGUCCUUUGAAAAGUUAUAUAUACAAAUAUAAACUAAUAGUCAAUGACAUAAUUCGGCAAAUGCAUUUUAUUCUAAAAAGGUGGCUUAUAUCUUUAGAUUAAGGACGUAUAGAUUUACGAACUUUGGGAGUCAAAACUCAUCGAAAACCUAAGCUAGAAAGUCACAAAGUUAGAGAGUAUCUAAGCUAGCAGGUCCCAAACUUAGAGAGUACCUAAGUUAGAAAACCACAAAAUUAGAUAGUAACUAAGCUAGAGAGUCACAAACUUAGAGAGCAACUAAGCUAGAAAGUCACAAAGUUAGAGAGUAUCUAAGAUAGCAAGUCCCAAACUUAGAGAGUGCCUAAGUUAGAAAACCACAAACUUAGUUGGUAACUAGGCUAGAGAGUCACAAACUUAGAAAGUAACUAAGCUAGAGAGUCACAAACUUAGAGAGUAACUAAGCUAGAGAGUCACAAACUUAGAGAGAGAGUAACUGAGCUAAAGAGUCACAAACUUAGAGAGUAACUAAGCUAGAGAGUCAUAAACUUAGAGAGUAACUAAGCUAGAGAGUCACAAACUUAGAGAGAGAGAGAGUAACUAAGCUAGAGACUCACAAACUUAAAGUGUCAGUCGCUUAGAGAGUCACAAGCUCAUAUAGUCCCAGGACAAAACGUUCAGGAUUCAAUAUAAAGUGUCUAAGUCAGUUUUACCCUUUCGAUUUCAUUUCUCUCUCUCUCUAUCCGUUACUGAUUACGAAAAAGAAUGUAAUGAGACGCAUUUAUGCUCUGCACACAACAGACAUCAUGAAACUAGAACUGUGCCACCUUACACGGCAUAUUUAUUUAUAGCUCUCUCUCUCUCUCUCUCUCUCUCUCUCUCUCUCUCUCUCUCUCUCUCUUUAUAUAUAUACAGCUAACGAUUUUAUUUGUCUGCCUUCUGCCAGUUCCCAUUACCCAAGCUGCCAGUGCCCGAUCUCCAGGGUACCAUGGAGAAAUAUCUCAGCCUGAUCAAGACAGUGGUGUCCCCUCAAGAAUAUUCCAGGACCAAAUACACCGUGGACGAGUUCUGUAAGCCCGGGGGUGUGGGGCACGAGCUCCAGGAGUAUCUCUUGAAACGACAGCAGUGCAUGGACAACUGGGUAAGUGGGCCCCGGAUGUUGCCAUGGUAACAUAUUAAAUAAACAACGGCAAAGUUUCCUGGUAAAAUGUACUCAUCUGUGUGUAAAGCAGGAAUUCUCACAUAAUUAAUUGUUUCUCUGAGCCAAAUCCUCAUUUGAAAUAGUUCUGUCAGUUGCAUACAAAAAUAUUUUUUUUUUUAAAGCAAUUAAAAAUAACAACCGAAUACAACACCAAAAAAAAACAAACAACAACAAUGGACGCUAUCAAUGACCUUCACUCUCGCAAGAUAUGACUUGGAUUAGUUGUGUUUUUUUUAAUGCCAUAGUUAAUAUUUGAGCGUACUCUCUUAUUAAAAUGCACGCGUAUUGUUUGACCAUGAGGUUAUCGCGACGAACAGUUUGCCCCCCCCUCCCGUAAGAUUACGUGACGAACAUCAGAGACGACCUUACGAAAAGUCAACAGCUCUUGCAGAUUAUAUUUUUUUUUUCAAAAGGUUGCGGGCAGAUGAGUUAGCACAAAUCCAAUCAUAGUUUGUUACAUAUAUGAACUCAACAAAUGUAUGAUAAUUAGUUGAAGGCCGUGUAUAGUUCAAGGGCGUAGACAGUCCAUGGGCGUAUUUCUUAUAAUUUAAAUAAAUUACACAAUUGAACGAAAUUUGGCAAGAAGCAGAAAAUUGAAAAAAAUGUGUGGUUUUCCUUCUCUCCCAUUCUCAACAAUGGUAAAUGUUUGUGAUGACAGGUAGGUGUGAUAAAUCGAACCUCACCAUGUCUCUCGCAAACCUAUGAAGAAAGGAUAGAAGCAGUGCUUCUCAAACUAUUACAUGGGACGGAUGGGUAGGAAUUUAUCUACGCUGCUGCAGGGCAAAGGGUUACAAUUAAUUGACUGCGUCAAAUCCAUAUUUUUCCAUCUUCUUAAAUUGUUUACCUUUUUUUUUUCCCCCGACCAAUCGACAAGGAGCCUGUAAGAGUAAUGUUGUGUGAGUUGACCGCCACUUUGAGAUCCACAGAUGUUUAAAUUCUACACAAAAGAUAAACAUUAAACUUGUGUGAUUGUUAUCGUUCGCCCCCCCCCCAUUUUUCCCGGUAUAUUUUUUUUUUUAUUUACCCCCCUCCCUUAUGUUAAGCACUAUUUAUUUACUAACCUCUCCCCUCCCCCCCCCGGGUCUAUGUUUCCAGGCCAACGAGUGGUGGCUUAAUGACAUGUACCUCAACGUCCGCAUCCCGGUGCUCAUCAACCCCAACCCAGCUGCCGUGUUUCCAUACCAGGGAUUCCCGUCUCACAGAGAGCAGAUCAGGUGGGUACCUUCCCAGUUCCACGGCUAACACAGCCUACGCGGACCAAGACGCCUUCUCCCCCCCCCCCACAAAUAGAUGAACAAAGCUGUAUACAUGAAUAGAGUUCAGUACCACAAAACUUAACCCUCGAAAGCCUUGCGGUAACACUUAUUGAAUGCAGUACAAUUUGAGUGAACAAGGAAAUAUUUUUUUUUUCUUAAAAACUUAUUUUUAAAAACUUUACAACCCUAUACAAAUAAAACGACCCAGAAAUUAUGUUUUAAAAAAUAUGUGUUUUUUUUAACUUUUAAUUAAUAGUUAAGGCCGCAAAAUCAUGUAUGCCUUGCCUCUAGUUUUUUUUGUUUAAUUUUAAUAAUGCUCAUUUUCUUUCUAAUGCCCUUUUUCAAUCUACUUUUUUUUUCUAUUUAAUUUCUUAUCUGAUGUAAUUUUCAGAUUUGCAGCAAAAUUCAUCCGAGGCAUGCUGGACUUCAAACACUUAACUGACACGUAAGUCCUCACACACAGUCCUUCCACACAGUCCUACCACACAGUCCUAACACACAUUCCUACCACAAAGUCCUAACACACGGUUGUACCAAAAAGUCCUAACACACAGACCUAACAGACAGUCCUACCACACAGUCCUACCACACAGUCCUAACACAUUGUUCUAACACACACUUCUACCACACAGUCCUACCACAUAGUCCUACCACACAGUCCUACCACACAGUCCUACUACAAUUUCCUAACACACAGUCCUAACACAGUCCUACCACACAGUCCUACCACACCGUCCUAACACAUUGUCCUAACACUCAGUCCUAUUACAUAAUCCUACCACACAGUCCUACCACACAGUUCUAACACAAAGUACUACCACAUAGUCCUACCACAAAGUCCUACCACACAGUCCUACCACAAAGUCCUAACACACAGUCCUAACGCACUGUCCUAACACACAGUCCUACCACACAGUCCUAACACACUGUCCUAACACACAGACCUAACAGACAGUCCUAACACCCUGUCCUAACACACAGUGCUACCACACAGUCCUAACAGACAGUCCUACCACACAGUCCUAACAGACAGUCCUACCACACAGUCCUCACACUCAUUUCUCACACACAGCCAAUUCAUAUAUUUAAAAAAUAAUACACAAAUAUGUUUCAAAAAAGGUCAGCCCUGGUUCACACGAGAGCUGACAUGCUCCAGAUAUGAAAAGCAUGAACGUAUUUCAAUGGGUCUCCGUUAUCGUGUCCCAGCUGGACCGCGUUAUCAUUGUUAUCGCAUUACAUUAAGAUAACACCACUUUCACCCGGAAUGAGCUCAUAAUCUUACAAUUGUGUUAGAUAAAGGAACAAUUUUGUUUUUUUUUUUUUUUUUUUUUUGUUUAAAGCAAAGACUUCUUUGUAAACCGGGAAUACUAAUAACACAGACUCAAACUAAUUGUGUUUCCCCGUGAGGGUUAAACGCAAGUAUUUAUCCACUCAUUCUCUCCCCCUUGUUCAACACCACCCUACUCUCUUUAACUUUUUCUUUUCUUUUUUUUUUUUUUUUAUAAUCAACGACCAACGCACGUGAUAAAUGCUAGGGCAACAUCAACACAUAAAAAUGUGGCACAAUAAAAUAUUGCAGGCAUAAUUAGAUCGUAAAAGACUCGAGCAAACAUCGUGUCUCAGCUCCAUGUUGACCGAGGCGGCCCCGAGUCUUUAUAAUUGAACCCUCCACGCAAUAUUUGCCAAGGAACACAACCCUUAAUCUAUAACGGGUUGAGCAAAGGGGCCGCAAUGGAAUAAAGGGACACAAACAUUACAUCAUUUUCUUUCUUUUUUUUUUUAAUUAUUAUUUUCAAACUCUUUAUGUUUUCUUUUUUCAUAUCAAUUUUUUUCUUCCCUCUUAAUUUUGAAAGUGGGAAUAAAAUUCUAGGCACGGUUUGUGUAUUGCUUGACCAUAUCGCGUUGCCUGAAAUCAAUUUCCCCCCACAAAUGUAAAGAGCAGUUAAGGGGCGAAUAGAAAUUAUUGCCAAGCACAAACCGGAAGAAGAAUGGAGAAAACGACCUUUGCCUUCUUUAAGUGUCACCUGAUCUCAUUCGCCAGCAAAAGUCAAUUUCGAAAAUCGUUUAUUGUCGCCAUUUUUCCUCCCAAAGUGUUUCUUUUUUUCCCCCAAUUUUUUUUUUUCACUCUCCAAGUAAAUCGUCUUUUUUGUUGUUGAGCCAGUGGUCGUGAUGGCUAUUAGCACGCGAAACUGGCCUAGGAAUUGUUGGGACGUCAGGAGGAAGAAACGAGUUAAGGAAUGAGGGGGAGCAGAGCUAUUUUCCUGUCAUUGUGGCCACGUCCCUUGCAUGGGAACAGCGCCUUCUGCUGAUGGCGUGACACCAUUUUCACACUAAUGUGCCACGAAAAUUUUCCGAAACAAUUUUCUUCUCGUGUGAGAAAUUAAAAGAAAGAAAGGAAAAGAAAGAAAAAACAUCAACGCUAAUGGGUCCUGCUUGGGAAAAUAACAGUUUUGAUUUUUAAAGAAAUCGGAUCGAAUGGCAAAAGACUUGCUUUUAUAUUCAUUUAAUAUUUGUGAUUUUCGUCAUGUUUUCCAACAAACGUUAAACCUUUCCGUUAAACAUUUUAAUAUUCAGAUUUGAAAAUCUUUGAUUGUGCAUAAAUCUUAAUCACGUUUGUAUAUAUCUUUUUUUUUUUUUAGUAAAUAACGUAGCUACAACUGUAAUCAGGAUUUUUAUCACGCUAUAGAAGACACGCAAGACAGAUAGCUAAAAACUAUUUGAAGAGAUUAAAAUCUUAUUGGGUUAACUGACCUUGCGUGGCCAGCAUUCCCGGCACAGUCAGUGUGACUCGGAUAACAGCAUUUUCCAAAUAGUUUAAGCGCUGUUCGCAGCUUUCGUUAAAGCCCCAGUGGCUCCCAAAGCUGACCCACUGAUCCCAUUUUUGUUUUUAUCAGCAUGCCUUAAACACAAUCUGGUGAGCAUUUCUCGUGUUAAUUCUCAAACGGAAAUAAGGUACGGAUGAUUAGCCCAGUAGAUGAAUGUACACCGUUGCGUUACACAUGCGCAUGUUGAAAUAUAUGUUGACUAAAUGUUUUUAUUAUGUAUGUUUCCCACAGGCGAACGCUGCCCAUAGAAAGAUGCAAGUACAAAGAGAAAGGCCAGCCUCUGUGCAUGGACCAGCACUACAGACUGUUCACGUCGUACAGAGAACCAGGGAGGGAGAGAGACGUGCAGAGGACAGACUUGGGGUUCAUGGGACGAGAAUACAUCGUCGUCGCCUGUAACAAUCAGGUACAAAUAAAUGUCCUACGACGUUGUAGCAAACUAACUUAACUGCGGGACGGCUACCUUCUGCUACAAUAGAUGGGACUCUAAGAUUAUUCAGUAUCUGAAGUCCACGCAUUAAAAGAACACACGCAAACCCCCCAGCCCCCCCCCCCCACACACACAAAUAAUGCAUAAGCAUCAUGUACGUUUCUAACCUGUUGAACCAAAUAGUUGAAGUCUUAUUAGGACUGACCCUAAUGCUUCAUUUUAUUAUAUCGCAUUACAGUUCUACAAGGUGGAUGUCCAACGGGAGGGGGAUGAGCUGACAGAAGCGGACAUCUGCUUGCAGCUAUCACGUGUCUUAAACAUGGCCGAGCAGGAAAGUAACCAAUCAGAACCAGUUGGUCUCCUGACGUCACAGAAACGAACCUUGUGGGCCGAGCAGAGAGAAAGACUCCAACUAGGUUAGUCUACUUCCAAAAUAAAAAUAAAAGAAUAUAUAUAUAUAUAUAUAUAUAUAUAUAUAUAUAUAUAUAUAUAAAAAUGUCAUAUAAAAUUGUAAGACUCACUCAUUAUGAUUUAAUAACACACCGAUAGAUAAAGUACAUGUAUGGACAACCAACAAACGAAAUGAUUGGAGUAAAUAAAAAAAAUAAUAACACUGUGGGCGGAGCAGAGAGAAAGACUCAAACUAGGUUAGUCUACUUCCAAAAUAAAAAAAAAAAAAUAUAUAUAUAUAUAUAUAUAUAUAUAUAUAUAUAUAUAUAUAUAAAAAUGUCAUUUAAAAUUGUAAGACUCACUCAUUAUGAUUUAAUAACACACCGUUAGAUAAAGUCCAUGUAUGGCCAACCAACCAACGAAAUGAUUGGAGUAAAUAAAAAAAAUAAAAAAAAUAAUUAAAGAUAUAUUUAAAAAUUUCUAUCGUCUUAAUGUGCAUUCAAAUCAUUUAUUCGUUUGUUUUUUUUUCACGCAAUUCUUCAUGUACGUCUUCAACUGCUUCUUGCAGAUGCCACAAACAGAGCGAAUCUCCACAUCCUAGAGAACUGCCUGUUCCUGUUGUGUCUGGACAAACCCACGGUCCCGUCACGGUGCGGUAUCCAAGGAGGAAUGCUUAACGACAUGACGGCACGAACCCACCACAUCAUCCACGGACAAGGCGUCCACAACAACUCGGCCAACAGAUGGAUGGACAAGACGAUACAGGUAAAUAUUUCUGGAUGACAACACAGGGUGUUAACUGUAGUUCAAAUAUAGGUCGAGAAGGUGCUAGGAAAAUGAAACAAAGAGGAUUAUAAAUUAUUUAUUUCAUUUUCACUUAACAUAUCAUCUGAGCAAUAACGAUGUAAGAGUCAUCGAAUGACUUCUGGAGGACCCAUGCCCCUCUACGGUUUUGUGUCCCCUUGCGUUCAAAGAUAGUAGUUUUAAGGUUCUAAAGUCUCGACUCGAGGCCCCUUAAAUAUUUGACGCCCCCUCUGCAGCCACAGAGGUUUCUGAGCCCACGCCACGGUUCUAAAUGAUGUGGAAAAUCCAGUUCCUCUAAGAUUAAUUAGACACGAACAAUUUGUGUAAAUAGAGAAUAUAAGUUCAUCUUUAAUAAUGAUCAUACAGAAUACAAAUAUAGACGUUUCGGUAAUUGCAUUCAUCAGUACAAAAAAACAUUAAAAAACAUUAAUGUAAGUAUAAAUUAACUUUAGAUCAGAUAUAUAUAUAUAUAUAUAUAUAUAUAUAUAUAUAUAUAUAUAUAUAUAAAAUAUAUAAAUAUAUAUAUAUCCUCUAUAAAAAGAGAAAAAAUAUUAACACAACUUAAAAGCAACUUGAUAAUUAAUUGACCCGUUCCUACUUUAAAACAUUUCUACUGGCAAGCAUGGAAGAAAAGAUGAUUCCUUAAUAUAUAAAUAAACAUUUAUCCUGCCUAAAAUGAGAGAAAAUAGUUUGUAGUCUACGUGAUCACGAUUUAAGCUGAGCGUAUAUUUUUUUUUUUACACAAAUUGUUAGUACCUAAUCGAUCUACUUUAAAGCUUUAUCGCUGUCCAACACUCUUAAAGAACUUAUUAGUAAAACUAUGUUAUACAUAUGUUUUUACAAAAAAGAUAGGUUUACAGACCUGUUUACCCUCAAACUCUUAAAACCGUACAAUAUCAUCACAAAAUCAAUCAACACAUAUCUUAAUAGUAAAAUAAACAUCAGUAUAUAUAAUGUAUACACCUCAAAAUCGUACAUUGUACGCCAAAAUCGUACGAGUAAACAGGUCUGGGUUUAGCUAACAAUUACUAUCUCACUGCAGGGGAACGUGUGACUUCAAAAUGUAUGUCUCGAUCUUGCGUUGAUUACGAUUACGCUCAGGAUUUUUUUGGCCACUGAGGACAAGGGACUCCAGUAAACCAAAUCUUCACUCACGUCUUCUUCUUCUCCAGGUCAUCGUGUCAGAAGACGGAACGUGCGGUAUCAACAUGGAGCACUCGGUCGCCGAAGGGAUUGCUCUGGGUCACAUGAUCGAACACGCUUUCGGUGUCAUGUGAGUUAACUGCGUCACUAGAGACAGCUUUUCUGUCGGGGACAUAAUGGGGGCGGGAAAUAUCAGCAGACACCGAUUUUAAUAUUUAAUUUUUCACAGUGCUGGAGACAGCCUAACUAUAAGAUGGGGAAGAGCUACAGCAAUGUCAAAUUGGGCUUUUAGGGGUUAUGGCAGUACAUAGAAAACUGGUUGUAGGAUCUGACAGAGAUAUUUUUUUUAAAAUAACAAUAUCUGUGUGAGAUCUGAUUAACAGUUAUUUACAAGUUCAAAGAAUGGAACGAUUUCAAUAGUUGACCUGCAUAUACCAUAUCAAUCAAUGCAAUGACUUAAAAGAUAAAAGAUUUGAUAUCACCUGAGACAUAGCCCAUAAACUUAACGGUGUACCGUUUCCUCUACAGGGGCAAGGAGAAGAUUCAAGACGGCCCCCGUGACCCCAACAGCCUACCUCACCCCAAGUGUUUGCAGUGGAGCCUGUCAGCACAUUCCCUGGCAGACAUUGAGCAGGCCAAGGAAUCAGUUGACAAGUAAGUUCUAGGAACGGACAGAAUUUACUGCUACACAGAACAUAUCGGAUCAACCGAUAUAUUUUAAGUAUCAUAACAAAGUAGGGAGGCAUUAACACAAAAUAUUAUCCUAAUUUAUUUCCUUUUUUAAAGAAAAAUCAUGAAUAGGUUCGUGGAAUUUAAAAAAAAAAAAUCCUUUAUAUUAACUUUGCUUUUGUGUGUAUAGGACCAAAUCUGUGGACGGCUAAUUGAACCACUUCCCGUCAACUGUCCAGCAGAAACUUAGCAAACAGACCCGUAAGCGAUAAAAACACAAUCAAAAUUACAACCCUAACCCAAAAAAUCAGUUUUCCCGUUUUUCAAGGGGAAAAUGAAGGCAAUAAUUAUGUCACUGAUUUCACGAAAUUCAAUUCCCGAUAAAUGCGCUUAAUGAGAUUCUUUACAAAAAAAUAGCCCAAGUGCUUUCGGUGAGCAAUAUCUUCUUUUGUUCUCCUGUAAUCGUUGGUGAAAUAAAUCUGCAGUUUAAAAGUGGGUGGGCCAUGAGACCAUUAAUCUAAAAUAAUUUUAAAAUAUUAUGUAAAGGUUUUUUUAAGAGAAAAAAAAUAUGGUUUUAGGGGUUUUCGAAUUCCAUUUUCCAUCCGAAGAAUUUUUAUUUUGAUAUCUUCAUUGUGUUUUCAUCCUUUGAUUUUAUUUAAACAUUUUUUUGGGGGGGGGUUAAAAUAGUUAAAAUCCUCCCACCCUCUCAGAACCACAUUUUAUAAAAGCAAGCAAACUUCACAAGCCCUGUUUCCACAUCAACAUAUUGAAUGAAAUGAGAUCUUCUUCUCGCCUUUCUGCUCCAUCAAAGCCAGUGGGCAUGCUCCUAGCAACUCACCACGCACGUCAACACGACAAUAUCAAGGGGUUCCCUGCUUGUACCUAACAUUCUCUCCAGUUUUGUCCGCCCCUUGAAGCUUUUCAUGAUUUUCUCUUUUUACCUCCCCCUUGUGUGAACAGCUCGUUGCUAAAUGCAAUACACGAAUGUCGUGCGGAUCUCAGUCGGGUCCCCGGGAGAUUCCGGAAUUAAAUCCCGAAACCCUUUGGGAACAUGCUAAUUUCUCUGAUGGCCGUUUACAUCUGAUGAAAAUUUAUCACGAGCGACAGUGGGUUAUUUAUUUAUUUUUUUCUUUCCGUCUUCAAUGCGGCUGUUCACCCCCAGCCGGUGCGUGGAAAAAUGUCAAGAUCCAUUUACCAGUCAUUGAGUAUUCGCUCCCCUUUAUAGUUUUAAUUGGAUAUUGUCUCUUUAAAAUAGUCCACUUUCAUAUUUGAAGCCAGUUCAAGUCUGAGCUAUUUUGAUUAAACAUGACUAAUCGUUUAUUAUGAAGAGAAUUUGUUUGUUAAUCGAGAAAAAUAUUAGAUAUAUGAAAAGAUACAUCAGUGUUUCCCUAUUUUACGAAACAAAGACGAUCUAAGUUGUAACAAAUUUCACUUCGGAAGCUACUGGCGUAACAUGUAAACUUUUCGGACAAUAGAUUGCCAACUUCAAAUUUUACCUGAUGAUCAAAGAUAAAAUAUUCGAAUAAAACAGCUUAAGAACAUGCUCACAAAUUUCAAACAGUUACUUGAAAUACCAAGUGCCAUCAGCCGCCCCGCCCCCCACCCCGCCCCCCCCCACCCCACCCUUUUACGCCUAGCCAAAAGAAAUUAUGGAAAGAAACGCAGCCAGUUUAGUGAUCUGGCGAGCGGAAAUGAGUUGUGAUCAUUUAUUGGCGCCUCAAGCAAAGUGGAUCUUUAUGUUUUCAUGUGGCGUGUUUGAUGUUUGCAUUGUUUGUGGCGCCAAUCAACAAUUCACCAGAAUUUCCAUAUCUUAAGAGCGUUCGAUUCGUCCUGCUGACAUCGUUUCAUUGUAAGAAUUUUUUUUUACUUCCCAUUUCUCUCUCACACUCGUUCCAUAUCUUUCUCUCUUUUUUUUUCAUUCUGUCACUGCACAAAUGUUUCACACAGCCCCCCUUUUUUUCAACUCUCAUCAUCUAUUUCCCUCUCUCGUGUUUUCCUAUUUCUCUAUCCCUUUCUCUCUCUCUCUCUCUCUCUCUCUCUCUCUCUCUCUCUUUCUAUCCACCCUCACUCCCCUCUUCCCUCUUGCACUAUCACCUUAACGACGCGCUCACUCCAACCAGACAUACUUUACGACCUGGUCAUUAAACCUGGUCAUUAAUCCUGGUCAUUAAACCUGGUCUUUCGGUCGACCCGUGGAGUGCACAGCGUCAUGUUGAUCGUGAUACCAAAUUGACAGCUUCCUGUGUAAACAUUGCACAACUUGCCACCACGACAUACCCCACACCAACAAAUAUAAAACUCCGCUACCUUAGCGCUAGUACGUAUGCCCUUAACUGCACUACUUUAAAGCUUGUAAGUCAGCCCUUGACGCCACUAUUUUAAUGCCAGCAUGUACGCCCUUUUCUUCGAAUAUCGAAUACCCCCCCCCCCUCGCCCCUACGUGUAGUUGACGUCAUAACUUACGGAUAAAACGAUGAUUGUUUGACGUUAGGUGAGAUUUUAUAACCCUACCAAAGUGGGAUUGUGGGAUUGUGGGACUGUGGGACUGUGGGGGCUGUGUGUGGGUGUAAAAAGCAAUUCAUUAACAUGUAAGAAAUAUCAAUUGUUUGUUUUUUGUUAUUUUAUUGUUAAGAUGUACUACUAAACAACAAGCCAUUUUUUAAAAAAAGCUGAUUAAACCUAUAAAACAAUACGCUCAUUCAGUCCAAAGACAAAAUAGGUUAGCUUUAAAAAAAAAAAUAAAAUAAAAAAUAAACUUAGCCAUCAAUGUAAAUGUAAGUGAUCAUUUAUUUUUAUUUGAAGGGGAUAUUAAAAAAAUAAUAAAAAAUGAAACUUUCUGAAAAUUGUUAAUUGCUUCAAAUCAUAUCACAUUUUUAUUUCAAAAUCGGAAUAGGAAACUGUAUUCCUUUCAUAUAAUCCCGCUUGUAGAAACACAUCUAUAUUCCUCCACAUUCUAAUUUAAAUUCAAAAUAUCUCAAAAUCAGACUUGAAAAAAUAAAAAAAAGUUCCUAAAGAGUUCUCUUUUCAUGGCGUUCGGUCAGGCAGCGUAACUCGUGUGCCCAAAUUAAAUCAAUUCCCCGCGGCAGCGUUCUAUGGACAAUUACUUUGCACAAUUUGUAUCCCUCCCUUGGGGUGCGGGCGACGGGAAAUUGAGUCUAUUUUCCAGUCUCCCCUGCGACAAGUAUGAGUAUUAGACGUCAAUCCCUGCACUGGAUUAAGCUGGGCGUCACGUCUUGAGCCAAAGCCUCGACCGCUUCUAGGAAACAUCACUUUGGGGCGGUGGAAAGGAGGAAGGGGGGUGGAAUUCUCGCUCGGGGCGCCGAUUAAAAUUUGGUGUCAGACGUUUUCGGCAGGAUAUUCAGCCACGGCGAUUUAUUAAUUAGGCAUCGCUCCAUGGGGGAGUAUAAACCAAUUUGUUUACAAUUUUCACGGAUAGAAGUUAAAAAACAGGGAUGGGUGUGAGGAUCGGGAUACGUUGCUUGCAUUUCCGGGAAGAAGUUUUGGGACAUCAUCUGAAUGUCUGAGAGUUUUAGUUUGUUUUUUUCUAAACGUUUUCAAUCUAUUCAUUAAUUUUUCUAUACUUGCUAUUCCGUUUGCUUUUCAUAGUACAUUUGAAAUGAGAUGAGUCUUACAUUUCAUGAAAUAUAUUGUUCACUCUCUUGAUCGGUUGUCUUAAAAUUCAGCUGUACAUUCCUAUUGAUAAUGUGGAAUUCAAAAAGGAGUACUGUAUAUUGGUUUCCUCUUCUUUGUUUUUAUAAUAAUAGUUUAUAUAAAUAAUUCGGGAAAAGUCGAAAUAUAGACCAACCUUUAGCCAAAGCUUCGGACGAAAUCAAACUUGCCUUUUACGAUUUUUUGGGGGGCAUAAAUUCAUAUCUCCAAUUCCUAGCUUUUCACGUCCACCAAUCAGAACAGACUUUGCAACGUGCUUUCUAAUAGCAACACUAGAGCUAAAAUACAUUUUUAAAAAUAAUUUUUUAAUGUUUUGUUUUGGGUUUUUUUUUAGAAAUCUCUUUUGAUGUCACUCUUCAUUUUACCGCCUGGUUUGGUUUGUGUUCGGGCAUUGACCUAUACUUAGACCACACGAUGUUGUAAUGCGACAUAACAUUAAUGAUUCAUUCCUUAUUCAUGACCGCUGGACUUCUUUGAGAAAGCGAAAAUCAUCUUUCCAGGAAAAAUGGCUCCUUAAACUUGAUAUCUUAUUUCAUUCAAAAUCGAACACUGCAAUAUCUUCUAGAGAAAUAUGUCAAAGGAAUCUGGCAAUAAUUUCAAAAUUUCAUUUUCAUGGUUAACAGAGUCGAAAUAAAAGUUAAUGGUUAAUUACCCAGAGAUGACGACUCGCAAAUUCAGCUUAGCAAUCCAUGAAAUUCUUUAUUUUAUUAUCUUUUACAUUGCCCCCCCCCCCUCUCCCCACCACCAUCACACUUUAAACCGGUUUUCCAGGCUAAUGCAUUUUGGAGCUCCGUCUCUUUAUAUUAACUAUGAUUAAGACAAGCACCACAUAGUAAAGAUAUCUUUUCUAUGCUUUCUUCCACCCCUUAUCUUCUUGUUAUGAUCUCUAAAAAUCUGACCACCGAAUCUGAGGCGACUUUUACCCCCCAUCCCCCCCCCCCUCCCCCCACUUUCCUCGUCCCGGGACAUCGGGAAUCAAUAGUUGUAAUCUUGAGCCGCACCCGAGCAGCCUAAUUGGAUUUGACUUGAAUGGCCCCCAUAAGACAGAGAGUUAUCGGUCUUUAUCGAGCUCUCGUCGAGUGGAGAACAAGAACGGCAGAGAGGAAAGCUGCACAGACGGAGAAAAGAGCCGUUUCCCGGAAUGGGUGGGGGGCGGGGGGGGGGGGCUGGAGGAGUGAGGGACAAGCUGUAAGCAACCAUUACCUUAUUACCCCAAUACCACAUGUUAGUAUAGAACAGGCUUGCACAGCAUACGGCCCGCCAGCACCAACUUUGCGGCCCACGAAGUAACGAAAUAUUCUUUUAUUGUUAUUAAUUUCUUAAUAGCUUUCCCCCCUGUCCCAUUUUCUUUCGACCCGCACAAGUUUUUCAUAAAGUGUUACGGCCCACCUUACAAUUUGAGUUGUGCAGGCCUGGUUUAGAAUUAAUAGACCUUUAAANCGGAUUUCAGCUAGAGAAAGAGGGGGGUGUAUGGAGGAGGUGAUAGGGAGGGAAGAUGGGAGAGAAUAUGAACUGACAAUGUUGAGAGAGUAAUCUCAUGAAUCUGGGAUGUCCGUGCUUUUGAGCGUUGUAUCUUUGAAUGAAAUGUCAUGAGAUACUAAUCCUGAACAUGAACAAUAUUAGGGUCGCUACUUUUUUCUGAAUUAACACGUAGAUGUUUCUUGGUUAACCAGUUUUUAGGGUUGGGAGUGGUUUGAAUUGAAUCCGAGGUUGUAGCUGAAAAAGAGAAGUUGUAAAGUUGAAGUGGGCCAUACAAUAUUCUUUUUUGACUGAAACUGUGUUAAUACAACAUUCUUAUUUGACCAGACCUGUGUUUUUACAACAUUCUUAUCUCACUGGACCUGUCUUAAUACAAUAUUGUCCUAUUCCUGGCUAUUUUUGCCCAAUCAUCGCAUUUGCAAAAAUUAAAAUAAACAACAACAACAACAAAAGAAACAAAAACUAAGUUUUAUUUGUAAGCUAAAGACAACUACACACAGUCAUUUUAUGGUCACUAAUAAAAGUGCAAAAGUGUAGUUUAACAGAGUUGAACUGAAUCAAAAUCCAUGUGUAAACCGAAACGCAUAUUUUCCCUCCAGAGCUAGAAACUUAUGUUGCUUUGAUUGCUUUGCUUUGUAUAUAUAUAUAUAUAUAUAUAUAUAUAUAUAUAUAUAUAUAUAAUAUAUAUAUGUGUGUGUGCGUGUGUUUGUGUGUUAAUUAUAUUUGUAUGAUGUAGAUUUCAAACACUUGAUAGUGUAUCAUCAUGGCCAUAGUUUCUUUUGGUGUCCAUAAUUUCUCAUUGUGUCCAUAGUCUCUUAUGGUGACAAUAAUUUCUCAUCAUGCCCCCCUUUGUUUCCCCCCUCACAGCAUGGUGAACGACUUUGACCUGACUGUGUUCAGAUUUGAAGGCUACGGGAGGGAAUUCAUCAAAACCCAAGGCAUGAGUCCGGACGCCUACAUUCAACUGGCCCUUCAGUUGACCUACUACAAGUGAGUCAAAACUACUUUCUGUUAAGUGUGCCCCUUGACUUACUUACUUUUACACUGUAGCUCCUGCUCGAAUGUCUCAUGAUUCUGGCGUUAAAUAAUUUUUACAGUAACUUGUUUCACAGCAAAUAUUUGUAAAACCCCGUUCAUUCAAAAAAAAGUUUACAGAAUUUUUAUUUUCAGCGGGGACUCACUUCCCAAGUAUUAUUUUCAUUUAUUGUUCAAUUAAGAUCCACUUGUAAAUUAACUACGCGUAGUUAAUUUAACGGAACAAACGGAGUUUAACAAAGUUGCUUGAACUUAAAUUGUACCUUAAUUAACUUGCAUUCAUAUUUAUGGAAUUCUCAGAAUCCACGGGACUUUAACCUCUACGUACGAGAGCGCGUCAGUGAGGCGAUACAGGCAGGGGCGAGUUGACGUCAUCAGGGCCAACUCUCCACCAGCUUUGACUUGGAUCAAAGCUAUGCUUGGACAGACAGAAGCCACGGUAAGAAUUCUGGGCCAGGACAGCAAAUGACUUGUUGAAUGAAGGGAUAUAAAAUUACACGACUGGUUUAGAGAGUCGGGCAAAGAUUUUUAGCAUUCCCUGAUUAAGGCAAGGGGCGUAAUCAAACUAUUUACAAUGAAGAAAUAAGGAUUAAGAACUUGAGUAUUUUUAAAUUGUUUUUUUUUAAUUCACAAGUGUAUCUAAUCGUCGUCAUCAAAAAGGAUGUUAAGGGAGAUAAUUCGUACAAUUUUUAAGUUACAUACGCUUGUUGUUAAUACAUGGAAUACAAACAAAUUCCUUCAUUACAUUCAAACAGGAGGAGGACAAGCUUAGACUUUUUACAGAAGCCGUCCACUGGCAACAAGAUUACAUGCUUGACGUGAGUACUACUUAGUCUACUAUAGUCAAUAAUAUUGAUACAAAUUAUCAAACAAAGACAGAGAAGAGAGAGAGAGAGAGAGAGAGACAGAGAGACAGAGGGCAAAAGGCAGAGAGGUAGAGAGAUGAAAUUAAAUAUAUAGAUAAAGAUUUAAUACUAUUCUUCGUAGAUUCGUUGUUAACAAUAACAACUCUCUGCGUUGUAUAUUGUUGAGGCAUGCUGUAUAACCUACGUAUCAAACAUUACCGUCAUGUGCGCUGCUAUUGCUUACUAUUACACUAGAUUUAGACAUGGGCUAACAAGUGUGUGUGUGCAACAAUGGUUUUUUUUUGUUGUUGUUUUUUUCUAUUAAAGUUCGUUUUCAUUGCAGACUAUCCUUGGCUACGGAAUCGACUUACAUCUGUUGGGUCUGAGAGAGGCUGCCAAGGAGAUGGGGAUCCCCACACCUGAGUUUUUCAAUGACCCCUCCUACAAGGAGCUGAACACGUUUCGCCUCUCAACAAGUCAGGUAUGUCAACAACUCCACCUAAACGCUGAAACGCAUGUUGCUGUUUGUCUCGAAUGGUCAGGUCUUUUUUAGUGCGAGUCAUUUUUUCGGGGACAAUUUGAGGAUAUCAUAGGAGUAGUUAUUGAAUAAUUGUCAUUAAAAUAAUUUUUUUAUGGACUGCCUAGUAUUAGCUGCCGAGUAUUUUAUUUGCACAGUUUCAUUUAGGAUCCAAAUUGUGAUAUUUUAAACUCUAUAAAGUAUGUAAGGAAAUUUAAGUCACUAUUGAUUUUUUUCACAACAUUUUGUUUGUGCUGUAGGUCCCCACCGUGUCCGAUUACUGGAUGGGCUACGGGGCCGUUGUGCCUGACGGGUACGGCUGCUGUUACAACCCAAAGCCUGACAGCAUUAUCUUCAGCGUGGCCACCUUCAACACGUGCCAGGACACGUCGUCCGAGAUGUUCGCCCACUCCCUGGAGUCCAGCCUGCUUCAGAUGGCCGAGCUGUGCACAUACGAUCCUGAGACGGCAACCAUUAAACAAAGAUAAGACUGGCUAAAGACGAAAAGGAGGACCACCCCCCCCCCCUUUUUCCCUUGGGAUGCAAGCCAUCAUCAAAAUCUCACAGGACACAUUGCCAAUAUUUUAUAGUGUAUAUUUCUUGAAGGUGUGAGUUUUAUUGUAAAGUUGUAGAUGUCCCAACAAUGAGUUAAAGACAUCUCGCAGCCAUAUCAGCUUGUCUUAGGGCAGUUAAGACGGGUUGUAGCUGUUGUUUUCAGUGGAUUGAGUGGGUAAGGGGCUAGAAGAAAAACCAUCAUCACUGAAUAUAAAAAUCUCUUUGGUCUGAAUAGGAUUUGUCAUUUAAUGGCGGAAAUCUAUUAAUAGAACAUCUAGUCAUACAUUCUGGCAUACAUUGUGGCCAAUGGCAUUAAGAUAUUAAUGGAACAAUCCUGGUAUUCUGUUUGGCCAAUCUCUUCGGUACUUCUACGUUAAUGUAAGCCAGCGUAGUGGGGCUUAACCUAGACUGCUAAAUAAAUAGGCAAUUCUAAGUGAGAAACUAUGUUUUACGAAUACAUUGCCUAAAAAUGGUAACAUGAUGUAAUGCGAUGUGAAGUUUUCCAGUCUUAGAAAUGACAAACUCUAUAGGAGAAUUUUUAACACUUCAAUGAAAUUCUUAUUACAUUUUUUCACUGAUGAUUUUUGACAUGUUUACAUUUACAAGAUGUGACCUAUAAUUAUAAGGGCCCAUAUUGGGCAAUGAAACAUGGAGUCUCUGAGUAUACAUUCGUUUGCUGAUGCACACACUUGCUACUGCAACUACGCAUUAGUGUAGUAGUCGUAGUCGAGAAACAGAACAUUUUGAAUAUCCACAUUGUCUCUUCCGAUUUAUCCGAUGCCUAAAAACACAAAGCAUCUCAAUUAGGUAUGCAAGAUAAUGUCAACACCUUAUGUAUCGAUCUGUGAAAGAGGGUACCACUUUUUAUAUAGCCCAUGUAUCUACAAAAUGUAUGCAUUGGUGAGGCAGAAAGCUGACAUUGUUGAAUACUCUUCCUUUCUUAUAGGAUAUAAUUAUGCUUCUGCAGAUCACACAACAGGAGAUCUUCAAUUAUGUUGUAACUAUAAUUACUAUUGUUGUUAUUAUUAUCUUUGCUACUAAUCCAAACUUGAUUUUUGGCGUGAUUACAGUUUUUUCUAUAAAAAAAAUGAACACAAUGUCGUUUAUUAUUUAGAAACUGUCAGCAAACCAAUUGUAUAACUGGUUGCCAUUGUUUGGGACCACUGUAUACCUGGUGGCCAUUGUUUAGAAACUGUUAGCAAACCAAUUGUACGCCUGGUGGCGAUUGUUUUACAGUGAGGUAUUAGACUCUACGUGUAGAUGUGAUUUUUGUUUCAACUUAUUACUAUUUAUUAGCAACAUGUGAUAUGUAUUAAUACACCCAUUUUUAGCCAACCGGAAAGGGUUUAACAACGGUUUACAAGGACAUGUGCACUUCUUUAAUGAAUACCCGUCAGUUUUUUAAAACAAAAUAAAUACGAAUCAACUUAACAAUCAUAUUGUAUUAAAGGUAUAAUCUUUAGAAAGG